GUUGAAAGUUGGAAGUACGAUAGAAGCUCGGAAUGUCGCUCAAAGCAGUUUCGCCAUGCUGUUUGCGUUUAUGGUGUGGAAGAUUUCGUCUGGCUUGCAAAACACCCGAAACUGUUGGCUAACAAAAUGAUGCCCUCGUUCGAUUACGGUGCUAUAGAUUGUAUGCACGAGCUCAUCUACAAUCGCACCUAUCUUGGACAAAACGACCACAUUUGGAAUUUGGAAGACUACAAGAACCAACCCUAUGUGGGUCUACUAUUUUAA